AUGUCCCGCUUCGGCGCCAAAAAGGGCCCGCGCAUGCCCGGCGCCGAGUUCACCUUCGACGCGGAUCCAGGCCGCGAACCAGUCAACGCUCCCACGCCUCUCUAUCCGAAAUACAUCGUCCCCUUCAACCGGGCAUUGACCCCCCUCGAACAAAAACAGGUGGACCUCUACCGGGCUGCCCGCGGACGGGCCCAUGAAGGACCGUACUACUCUGUCGUCGACGCGGCUUCAUUAACAGCCAAGAAAGGAAGCGCCGCACGCGCAAACUUCGAUGCCUUCCACGGCAUGCCUACCUUCUCGAGUCGGUAUCUGAAGAAACCGCGGACGCUGCCCAAGAUGAAUGAACGGCCUUAUGUCAUGAAACUCUUCCCCCGUGAGCUCUGGCAAACCCUCCAACCCAGCUACCAGCCCGGCGCAACGAUGGACGGCUACGUGCCCCAGAAGCGAGCCGGUCUCAAGCGCGGAUUUGAAGAUGAUGAGGACGAUGCUGUGGAUGAUGCUGCGGCGAAGCGGCGAGCAGUUGGUGGCGGUGGAGAUGAAGACGAGGUGGAUGCGGAGGCGGAUGAGAGGGAUGUUUUGGAUGGAGACGAGGAACCAGAGGAUGAGAUUGUGGAUGAUGACUUUGAGGACGACGAUGAUGAAAUGGGAGGCGAUUAUAAUGCUGAACAGUACUUUGAUGCUGGCGAUGAUGAGUUUGAUGAUGGGUUUGGGGACGGGGGAGGUGGAGGUGAUGAAGAGACUUAUUGA